GUACUGAAUUGGACGCGUCCAAGCAACGCCAAGGCGGUCGAUACUCUUUGAUGGUAUAAACAUAAAGGGUGAGGAAUAAGCGUCAAAGUUCAAAUCAAUCUCUGUUUUGUACGUCUCUGUCUCUCCUAAUCGCCAUUUUCACGGAGCACACCAAAAUCUCUCUUGCAUCUCUGUUCAUAGUUUGGUUACUGCUCUCGGAUUCUUAAAGAAAUAUGGGAGGUGGGAAGGACAAGGACACUAAUGACAGGGGCCUGCUUUCACAUAUGGCAGCGUUUGCUGCAGGGAACCACUACUCUCGUCCUCAUGGAUAUCCACCACCACCGCCAUGCGCCGGUGCUGGAUAUGUUCCUUCGGUAGGGUACCCUCCGGCUGGGUAUCCCCCUCCCGGCGGAUAUCCUCCGGCUGGCUAUCCUUAUCACGGCGGAUGCCCUCCCGCUGGCUAUCCUGGUCAUCAUCACUACCCUGGCCAUGGACACGGACACGGCAUGGGGGGGUUGUUGGCUGGCGGAGCAGCUGCCGCCGCCGCCGCUUACGGUGCUCACCAUGUUGUUCAUGCACACCCAUUUGGCUAUGGUUACGGAAGGUUCAAACAUGGGAAAUUUGGGAAGCGUUGGAAGCAUGGAGGUAAGUUCAUGAAAUUCAAGAAAUGGAAGUGAUCAAAUUGCUACCUAUCUAUGUUGGAUAUAUAUAUAUAUAUAUAUAUAUCGUUGUGUGAGUUUUGAGUCUAAACCUAGAAAACUAAAUAAUGGUAUCUUAUUGCUUGUACUUUGGUUGUGAUAUUGGCUUCUUAUGUAAACAAUGCGAUCUUUUUUUU